CGCCAAACUUUUACCACUACACAAACUUGUGCCGGUGUCCAACGCGGGAAUCCACGAUUAUAACACGAGUUACUCAGACAGUUGGAGGAUUUUAACCACUUUAAACCCGCUUUACUCUGGAACACGAGGAUCUGAGGACUUUGGACGCACUGAAACGCGUUUUACAGGGAUUUUUUUCACGUGGAAAUACGUGUUUUAUCACGUUUCAAGGCGGAUAACGUUGUGAUUACGCAUUGGGGAUGUCGCCUUGUUAGUCCCGUGGGUUGAACAGCCGUGAGUUUACACCAUGGGUCCGCUGACCACUCCCAAGAAAGGGGUCGAGGGUCACUGCGUCGACCCCUGGACCCCCACGUCCAACCUGAAGAUCCUGAUCAGCGCCGCCAGCCCCGAGAUACGCAACCGCGAGAAGGAGCGCACCCUAGAGGAGGCCGAGGGGAGCUGCAGACAGGAUGCAGAGGAGGUGGAGGAGGGGGAGAGGAUGACCAGCAGAAAGGACAAAAGUCUGGGGCUCCUCUGUCAGAAGUUUCUGGAAAGAUUUCCAGAUUAUCCAGAUCCAGAAAAAGAUCACGACAUCAGCCUGGACGACGUGGCCUCAGAGCUCAACGUGGAGCGGCGGCGGAUCUACGACAUCAUGAACGUCCUGGAGAGCCUUCACAUGGUGAGCCGCUCGGCCAAGAACCGCUACAGCUGGCACGGGCGCUCCAAGCUGGCACAGACGCUGUUCGUGCUGCGGCGGGCGGGCGAGGAGCAGGGCUACAGGCUCCAGAUGCAGCAGAUCAGACAGAAGAGCCACGAGGACGACGAGGGAGGAGCCGAGGAUAAAGAGAACCGGGAGAACCGGGAGAACCAGGAGAAGAGGGGGCAGCAGAGGGGAGACUCGGCCCAGGACGGAGGGACGAAGGGCGGGCAGCAGCAGCAGAGCAAAGAGCUGUGCUUCGUGGAGCUGCCGGGGGUCGAGUUUAAAGCAGCGUCGGUGAACAGUCGGAAGGACAAGUCUCUGCGCGUCAUGAGUCAGAAGUUCGUGAUGCUGUUCCUGGUGGCGCGCCCCCGUGUGGUCAGUCUGGACGUGGCGGCUCAGAUCCUGAUCGGAGAAGACCACGGAGAGGCCCAGGACAAGAACAAGUUCAAAACUAAAGUUCGGCGUUUGUACGACAUCGCUAACGUGCUGCGGAGUCUGAACCUGAUCGAGAAGGUCCACGUGACGGAGGAGCGCGGGAGGAAACCUGCGUUUGAGUGGGUGGGGCCAGAGGAGUUCCAACAGGUCAAAGAUGUGGAGGUGAAACCAGAGAAGAGUAAAGUCCUCUCCUCUCAAUCGUCGAAGGAAAACUGCUCCAAAAACCUGUUCUCAAACAAACGCAGCUUCACCAGACACCAGUCGCUCAUGAAACUGGCCCAGAGCAUCCAGGAGGACCGCAGGAGGGUGAACAGCGCCCCCAGCAGCCCCGCCAAGGACACUGCAGGUGACUCCAGAGUGGACUUCCCAAACAAAAUGGCUCAGCUCGCCGCCAUCUGUAAACUCCAACUGGACCACGAGUCUUCGGGGUCUAAAGCGUCUGAACCCGCCCAGGCCUCGUUCCCUUUGACCCCCGUGACCCCGGCGACCCCCCUGACCCCCCUCAUCCCCGUCCUGCUGCAGCGGCAGGAGGCGGCGAGGGGCGGGGCUUACGCCGUGUACGUCCCGCCCCCGUCGCUGCGAGCCGUGACGCGCCCCCAGCCCACCAGCCUCGCCGUGCGCUCCAUGACCUUCGACAGUCCCACCGCCGUCAAACGCCACGGCGGCGAGCAGCCGGACGCCAGCCCGUCCAAAACCAAGAGGACGGACCACGGCUUCAAGGACGCGUCGCCAAAACUAGGUGAAAUUCUCCAGGCGCGUCUGAAAUCUCGCAGUCUCCAUCUGACCAAUCGAGCGUCUCCUCGCGCUCUGCACCUGGACCCCGAGUUCCUGACCCCUCCCAAUCAGAUGCCGGAACUCAGCCCGGCGGCGGCGGCGGCGGCGGCGGCCAAUCAGGCGUCAGAACAGAGCGCGGUGGAUCUGUUUUUGGAGCGAGAGGAGAGGAGCGCGGAGAGAGAGAGGUUAACGCCGAUCCGAGCCGUUCCACUGACGCCCGGGACCAUCCACACUGAGACUCUGGUCCCGGCCGGGUACCUCAUCCCUCUGCCUCAGUCUGUGCUCGGGUUUAAAGAUCUGCAGAGCAACAAAGAGACGCCGGCCACGCCCACGUACCUGUACCAGACGCCCACUACAGGCUCCAGACCAGUGCUGUGCCAAGAGAUGACCCCCACGAGCGUGCACGUGACCCCCACGAGCGUGCACGUGACCCCCACGAGCGUGCACGUGAGCCGGGCCUCUCCUCUGUGCCCGGGGAGAGGCACCCAGAGCCCCAGCCCCGCCAUCCUCAACUUCACUCUACAGAACCUCGGCCUGAUCUCCGGACACAACCAGGUCCAGGCCCCGGUCCAGACCCCGACCCGGUCUCAGGUGGGCUGCAGUCCCCCGUGCGGGCCCCUGUCGCUCUCUGUCCCGCACAGAGGAGGAGGGGGGAUGGUGUUUAUCAAACCCGUGUCUCCGCUCCACGUGCAGGGGGCGGGCGGCGGGCAGCAGGUGGCGCUCAUCAGCCUCCAGCAGCCCGGCCCGGUGACGUCGUCCUCCUCGUCGCCCGGCUUCUUCCACACGCCCGUCUCCGUGGCGCCGCUCUCCUCCGUCGCCCGGGCAACGUCCGGCGCCGGCGUCCCCCACGGCAACCGCGCCGUGUUCGUGGCUCAGCGGAAACUCGACGUCGGCGCCGAAGAUUUAUGAGAUCGAGAGACACUUUCCGAAAUCAGCUGUGAAAAUGUUUGAAAACGCUAAAAUGUGGAGGAGGUUCUGUUCUGUUCUGUUCUGUCGUAGUUUUUUCAAAGUUAAAAACAAAAAUGAAAUAAAAAAUAAUUAAUGAUGCUUAAGCGAUCAUUUAAAGGGCCAGAUUACACUAUUUUUCUAAUGGCGUUUCCUUGUCAAAAACAGACCUGGAGUUGUGUUUUGUUUCAUUCACACACGUUUAACACAAAAACUCUGCACAUUUAGUUCUUUUCUCAAACUGAAAACACUCUCUUCCACCUUGUGAUGUCAUCAUUUGGUGAUACAGGAAGUGCUCCACUGUGUUUUUAAACUCCACACGCCUUCACUAGAAUCAUUUGGAUCAUUUCAGACCUUCAGAAUCACCGAUUUCUACUGAACAAAAGGCAGAAGGAGCCGGAAAACUUGAAAACUAAAGCUUCGUGACAUCACAAGGUGGAACAGAGCGUUUGGAGAUCUAAACAGACUAAUAAAAAAGAGUUACUCAAACAAACAAAACACAGCUCCAGGUCUGUUUUCGAGGAGGAAACAGCAUUACAACAUAUCUAUUUUGACUUAAUUUGUUGUGUUGUAAAUAUAAAUUAUAGUUUUGCACCAAUCAAGAAGCAGUUUGUGAAGAAAACCUGAAAAAAAUACUGAAAUUUAUAGAAAGCCGAGAGUCCCACAAUGAUGAAUUCUGCCCAAAAGUUCGGCACGACACUUUCUAUUCACGUCACAAAGCAGGAAACGUUUGGAAACAUGCGAUGACGACUUCUUUUAGGUUCUGUUCGCUGUAGUAAGUCUGACAAAAUCGAGGAAAAAGGAAAAAAAUGUUCCAGUUUUCUUCAUCUCCGUGUCAUUGUGUCGUUUUGUUAAGUUUGGCAAAUUGACAUAUCCAGACCUCAGUUUUCAUAAACAAACAAGCCGCGUGUCAUUCGUUCAUUCGUUUUUCAAAAUAAAAUAAAAAUAAGACAAAACCAAAAUGAAAAGAAAAAAAACAGAUAAUGAUUCAUUUUUUCAUGUUUUUUGAUUUUGUGUUUAAAUGAAAAAUGGAAAAAACAGAUAACGACCGUUUCCCGUUUAUGUGACUUAAACUGCGAUGCUGGACUGAACCAGGUCUGGACCAGGACUAAACCAGGACUAAACACGGACUAAACCAGGAUUAAAACAGGAGUAAACCGAGACUAAACCAGGACUAAAACAAGACUAAACCAGGAUUAAAACAGGACUAAAUCAGGACUAAACCAGAACUAAACCAGGACUGAACCAGGAUUAAAACAGGAGUAAACCGAGACUAAACCAGGACUAAAACAAGACUAAAACAGGACUAAACACGGACUAAACCAGGAUUAAAACAGGAGUAAACCGAGACUAAACCAGGACUAAAACAAGACUAAACCAAGACUAAAACAGG